UCUUCGAUUAAUGUUUGUUUUCAUUUGUGAUUGAUCAACAUGUGGAUCUUAGUUAAAAAAAAAAUUUCUCUAAAAAUUGGAAAUUCUUUAUUCAAUAUGACUUUACUUGGAACUUGUACCUUUCAAAGCUUUCGCUUAUUAUUCAAACCAAGACACAGUGUUUUGAAGCCCUUCGCUGUAAAAUGGAAAUUGUUGUCUACUGUUGCCUCUACACAACCUAAACCAAACAAAACAGUUUCAUUUGAUUGGAAAGAUGCACUUCUUUUGAAGACUCAAUUAACAGAUGAAGAAAUCUUGAUACAAGAUCAAUUCAAAUUAUAUUGCCAAGAUAAAUUGAUGCCCAGAAUAUUAAUGGCAAAUAGGAAUGAAGUGUUUGACAGAGAAAUUAUGAGAGAAAUGGGCUCAUUGGGUGUAUUAGGACCUACGAUAAAAGGUUACGGAUGUGCUGGCGUAUCCUCUGUGGCAUAUGGUCUAAUUGCUCGUGAAUGUGAGAGAGUUGAUAGUAGUUAUCGCUCAGCUAUGAGUGUUCAGUCAUCACUUGUAAUGCAUCCAAUUAAUGAGUAUGGCUCUGAAGAACAAAAGAAAAAAUAUCUGCCAAGUCUUGCUAAAGGAGAACUUAUUGGCUGCUUUGGUUUAACAGAACCAAACCAUGGUAGUGAUCCUGGUGGAAUGGAAACUCAUGCUGUUUAUAAUUCUGAAAAUAAAACUUACACUCUCAAUGGCUCCAAAACUUGGAUUACUAAUUCUCCUAUAGCUGAUGUAUUUAUAAUAUGGGCUAAAUGUAAUGGAAAAGUUAAAGGCUUUAUCUUAGAAAAAGGAAUGAAAGGUUUAACAGCACCAAAAAUUCAAGGGAAGUUUUCUUUGAGAGCUUCAGUUACAGGUAUGAUUGUGAUGGAAGAUGUUGUUAUUCCUGAACAGAAUCUGCUGCCUCACAUUGAGGGCCUACAGGGCCCAUUUGGAUGUUUGAAUUCUGCGAGGUAUGGUAUUUCUUGGGGAGCUCUAGGUGCUGCUGAAUUUUGCCUUGAAACUGCUAGAAAUUAUGUUAUGGACAGGAAGCAGUUUGGUUCCCCUUUGGGUAAAAAUCAGCUUAUUCAAAAGAAAAUGGCUGAUAUGCUUACAGAAAUAUCCAUUGGCCUACAAGCAUGCCUUCAAGUUGGGAGACUGAAAGACUCUGGAAAUGCAACUCCAGAAAUGAUAUCUAUUGUGAAAAGGAAUUCUUGUGGAAAAGCCCUUGAUAUUGCUAGAGCAGCAAGAGAUAUGCUUGGCGGUAAUGGAAUCAGCGACGAGUACCAUAUUAUUCGUCAUGUUAUGAAUCUGGAAGCAGUUAAUACGUAUGAAGGUACACAUGAUAUUCAUGCUUUGAUAUUGGGCAGAGCCAUAACUGGAUUACAAGCCUUCAAAAGCUAAUUGUUUCUGAGUCCCAAGUUGUAUACACUUCCACAAUAUAUACAUCUAUAUUUUUGCUAAUUAAAUAAAUAUAUAUCUUGU